AUGCCGGAACACAGUCCGGCUCCGACUCCGCAUAGGGCGAUCUACGGAUUCGCCUUCUAUAUGCUGUUUACGGUCCUUUUUUUCGUCUACGUGGCUUGGGCCCUGCUACCCGUGGAGUUUGGCCUGCAUUCGUAUCUGCCGGACAAAUAUUUUGCCGUGUUUGUGCCAUUUCUGGUGCUGGUCUUCGCCUGGUUCUUUGCCUUCCUCAUUUACCCGGCUAUUAAUCUCUCGAUGACAGUGGAUGUGGACGAUAUAGCCUCCGUGGUGGAUCCCAAGCUGGCUCUGCCCAAGGGAGUUGAGUUCACCUCCUGGUCGCAGUUGCAAAGGGGCAAAGAAAGCCUGGAAGCCCAGUCCAAGAAGCCUUCUCCAGUGAACUGCAACCUUUGCAGGACAUUCCACCAGCCCGUGACACGUGCUCCCAUCGCACCCCUGCGUUUUCUGGACCUCCAGGAAGUAAAUACAGCGUAUUAUAACUAAAAAA